UAAAAAGAAAAUGUCAGAUUCGGACGCGAUUUGUAAAUUGUGAAUUUAUUAAGUUUUGGAUGUAAAAAUUUGCUUUAUUAUCGUGAAUACAAUGUAAAAUAUAGAAUUUAAGUUACGUGUCAGUAUUAGUUAAAAAUGAAUUUCGUGAAGAGUGAAAUGGAUAAUGUAUGCCGAGGGUGUCUGUGCGUUGACCGCAUACUUAUCCCUUUGAAUAAAAAUGUGGACCUGUUUUUUAUAUUCCUGGGAAAUGAGCUGUCUAUAUCUGAGGAUUCCAAAUACUUCAAUGUUCUUCUAUGCUGGGAGUGCGUAGCCCUGCUGAAGAAGGCUGCGGUCUUCCGCAAGAGGGUGCAGACUGCACAAAGAUACUUUGAGAGACUAUUGACUACACCAAUACCUGCCCUAACAACUCUGAAAAUCCAUAAAAAAGACGACUAUGACCAAAUCCUAGUCCAAAAUGAGGACUUUGAACCUAAAGUGAAACCUGAGAGCUUAUCCUUUGAGGUAGCUGUGCAAAUUGAGGAAGACCCAGCAACUGAUUGCCAUAUCAAGGAAGAGGGUUAUGAAGAUGAUGAUGACCGUUUUUUGUUCGAGCCUGAUGUGGAAUCCAAACCGGAUAUUCCAAUUUUGGUUAAGAAAGAGAAAAAGAAGAAAAAGAACAAGUACAGUCCUCUAGGAAGAAGAGUAAAGACGAAAUCUGUCAAAUACACUGACGAAGAAAGAGACAAGUAUAUAGAACAUGUAGACUAUACCAUGAAGGAGGUAUUGUCUAUGGAGCGGGAUACAAAGAAACCGUUUCGGAUCAAGAAUAUGGACCAUCGCUGUAAUGUUCAUAUCAGGAAGUUGUAUGAGGCAAAGAGAAGGGAUCUAAGCAAAAAAGUGAAGGAUGGUGGUAUUAAGUGUUCAGAGUGUGACACGACGGUGGCGGACCGCGAGGCCAUGGCUGAGCACUGGGCCGCUCACCCCGUGGCCCUGCUGCGCUGCCACUUCUGCGGCAUUCUCAGCAAGUCCCGGAAUAACAUGAAUUACCACAUAGACGCACGCCAUUCUAUCAUCUACAGCUGCACGCUGUGUAAUGUGGACUUCAGAGCCCUUCCCGAAUACCACCGGCACGACCGAAGCCUCCACAAGACACUAUUCUGCGAUUACUGUGGCAAGAAAUUCCAGCAGAAGAGCGGCAUCGAACGACACAUCAGACGCUAUCACUUGCCCAUCCAAUGUGAGAUAUGCAAAAUGGUAUACAAACGCGAGUCUACACUCGACAACCACAUGGCUAGAUGUCACCCGGAGGUGAAGUGGAAACCGGUCAAGCGUGAGCUGACUUAUUGCGUCGAAUGCGAUUUGCAUUUCCCUACUGAGGACUUGUUCAAACGACAUUUGAGGGUCUACGUUAGGCACCAAAUUAAACCCCCGAUUAAAUUGCAGAAUCACCACUUACCGGCGAUAUGCUAUAUAUGUAAAUUCGAGUUCAAACGAAAAAGCUAUCUCUCGGAGCAUAUGUUGCUAAUGCACCAAAUAAAGAAAGAGAGAAAAAAGCCGAUAGUCGAGGAGCUAGCGUACUGUGUUGAGUGCAACUUGCAGUUCCCCAGCGAGUACUUUUACAAACGCCAUCUGAGGUCCGCGGUUGCACACCACCGCAGAAAACGAGAGAAGGUUCCUUGCCCGGACUGUGGAAAGAUUUUCAGUCGGAAAAGCUACAUGGACAAUCAUUAUAAACUGGUUCACGUUAGAAAGAGUCAGCACUAUUGCGAAGUGUGUGACAAGCACUUCAUAAACGGUUACGCUAUAAGAACGCACAAGAAGUUCGUCCACGAGAAAUACGAGAAGCCGAAGAACAAGAUAUGUGAUAUUUGCGGUCGAGGAUUCCAUACGAACCGCGUUCUGAUCAACCACAAACGCACACACACCGGUGAGCGUCCGCACAAGUGCAGCUAUUGCCCCGCCGCCUUCGCGCAGAACGUGGCGCGCAAGACGCACGAGAAGACCCAGCACAAACACCUGCUGCAUGAACUCAAGGGGUUCCCCUGAACACGACCGUGUUUAAAAUGAGUGUAGACGUGAAAAAAUAUUCUUUUUUGUCAAUAAACUAUCGAAAUUUUGUCAAUAAUGAAUAUAUCAUAUGAAAAAUUUGGUAAAAUAAAAUCUGAAAAGAAAAUUUGAAACUAGGUGAAAGUAAAAAUCCGGCAAAGUGCGAGUCAGACUCGCGCACCGAGGGUUCCGUACUCAGGUAUUUUUCCUUGUAUAUUUUGUGCUAUAAGACCUACCUACCGACAGAUUACAUGAUUCUGGGUCAAUGGGAAGUACCCUAUAGGUUUUCUUGACAAACACAGACAGACAGACAGACAGACAGACAACAAAGUGAUCCUAUAAAGGGUGAGCGCCAGUACAAGCACCUGCUGCAUGAGCUCAAGGGGUUCCCCUGAACACGACCGUGUUUAAAUGAGGGUAGACGUGAAAAAAUAUUAACAAACUAUCAAAAUUUUGUCAACAAUGAAUACAUCUUAUUAAAAUUUUUGUAAAACACAUUCAUUUGGUAAAAUAAAAUCCGGCCAAGUGCGAGUCAGACUCGUGCACCGAGGGUUCCGUACUCAGGUAUUUUUCCUUGUAUAUUUUGUGCUAUAAGACCUACCUACCUGACAGAUUACAUGAUUCUGGGUCAACGGGAAGUACCCUGUAGAUUUUUUACAUACAUGACAGACGGACAGACAGACAGACAACAAAGUGAUCUUAUAAGGGCUGAGCGCCCGCACAAGCACCUGCUGCAUGAGCUCAAGGGGUUCCCCUGAACACGACCGUGUUUAAACGAGGGUAGACGUGAAAAA